AAAGUCUCCAAACUACACUCUCCUCACAAUACACACACAGCAGAAAAAACUCUCUACACACAAAACACUAACGAAGGAAGAAGAAGAAGAAGACGACGACACAAUCUAAGCUCAGCAACACUCAAUAUGGCUUUGACGACGGCGUCGACGAACGGGAUGUGGAUGACGGAGGAUUGCAAGAGAUCGUUCAUGGAGAUGAAGUGGAAGAAAGUUCACAGAUACAUCGUUUUCAAAAUCGAGGAGAAAUCCAGGAAGUUCGCCGUCGACAAGGUCGGUGCCGCCGGCGAGAGCUACCACGAUCUCGCCGCUUCCUUGCCGGAAAAUGACUGUCGCUACGCCGUCUUUGAUUUCGAUUACGUCACCGUCGAUAACUGCCGCAUGAGCAAGCUCUUCUUCAUCACCUGGUCGCCGGAGGCGUCGAGGAUAAGGGAGAAGAUGGUGUACGCGACGUCGAAGAGUGGCCUGAGAAGAGUGUUGGAAGGCAUUCACUUUGAGCUUCAAGCCACCGACCCAACCGAGAUGGGAUUCGACAAAAUCAAAGACCGGGCCAAAUAACUACAGUCCAUAACCGGAGUUACAUCGUCGGGUUAUUAUGUGAUAAGCAGCAGUUAAUUCUCCAUUAAAUGUUAGUUAAUUGUUGUUUAGUACUUAACUUAUUUCCAUUUGUUGUCAAAAAAUAUAAUUCCCUACAAAAAUGUUGACAAGUGUUUCGUUUUUAACUGUUGCUGUUAAUUUCUUAAACAUAAUAAUUGCUGAACGUUACUUUUUUUUUUUUAACAA